AUGUCGGGUGUGGUAGAGCCGAGCACAGUGAACCGUUCACCGGGGCGUAGCCCGCGCAAGUUCCGCGCGGUACGCUCGCCGAUCAAACAAGAAGCCCAGGUGCGCGAGGCGCAGGACCCUGCACCGGAACUCGUCGUAGACACGCCGCCGUGGGUCGCGAACACCCGCAAGCGAGAAGGCGCCUCGCGUACCGAGCUGUACUCGCUUGUGAAUGACCGCUAUCCCGGCGCACCGGGCACGGCACUAGCGCAUGCAGGCGAGGAAAAGGCACGAUCAGCGAGCGCCCAACGCCGCGAGUCCAACCGGAAGAGCGCGGCGAAAGCAGAGUGGGACCACCUCGGCCUCAAGAACCUCGCCAAGAAACGCAAGAGCUCAAGCCCUUAUGCGAGCGAGGCGGGAAGCACGGUAGGAAGCGAUACCGAGUCGAGCACGCCGCCAUCGCCACGCCGGUCCACCUGA